UAAUCCCUCUCUCUUGUCUCUUGUGUUGAUGCUAUAUACACAGUGCAGAAACUCCAGACUACAAUUUAAAGGCUACGAAUGAAUUCAAAGAUUCGUCGUGACGUCCACUGAUCGGAUUUAUAUUUCAGUUUGACCUAUUCAGGUGUGAAGAUUGAAGACAAAAUCUGACAGCACUCUGAAGUCUCAACAGCAACCAAAACCAAAGACGGACACUAAAUUUAGGUGCAGUAAGCCAAAAUGGCUGACCCCUACCAAAACAACGUAUACCAGCAAGGAGGGGGUGACAGCUACGGGACUUAUGGAGAAGGUGUCGGCCACGAUGGAUAUGGUUACCAGGAAGACUACCCUCCCCAGGAAGAGGACGCAGCGAGCGACGCGACCGAGGGACACGAUGAAGAGGAUCAGAUGUACGAAGGAGAAUAUCAAGGGAUACCACAUCCUGACGAGGUGAAGGCGGCACAGAGAGCCGCACGGACCAAAGGUCGAUCAGCCGGCAGCGCAGUCUCUGAACUACAAGAGCUAUCCGAACAAUAUGAGGACAUCAUGGAGGACUGUGGCCACGGGAAGUUCCAGUGGACGCUUUUUAUGGUGCUGGGCCUCGCUCUGAUGGCCGACGGAGUCGAAUGUUUUGUGGUUGCAUUCGUUCUACCGUCCGCAGAAAAGGACCUGUGUCUCUCCAACGCAGAGAAAGGAAUGCUGGGUCUGAUGGUCUUCCUGAGCAUGAUGGUGGGAGCCUUCAUGUGGGGCGGUCUGGCAGACAAAGUUGGCCGUCGGCGCUGUCUCAUCGUGGCAUUAACAAUAAACUUCGUCUUUACCUUCCUGUCUUCCUUCGCCCAGGGCUACGGCUUCUUCCUCUUCUUCAGGCUGCUGUCUGGUGUUGGUAUUGGCGGCACAGUGCCAAUCGUGUACUCGUACUUCUCCGAGUUUCUUCAGAUGGACAAGAGAGGAGAGCAUCUGUCCUGGUUGUGUAUGUUCUGGAUGAUUGGUGGCAUCUACGCGUCAUUCACCGCCUGGGGAAUCAUACCCAGAUACGGCUGGGGGUUCAGUAUGGGCACAGAGUUUCAGUUCCACAGCUGGCGGGUGUUUGUCCUGGUUGCAGCUCUUCCUGCCAUCGCCUCCCUGGUUGGACUCACCUUCAUGCCUGAGAGUCCUCGCUUUCUCCUGGAGAAUGCCAAGCAUGAUGAGGCGUGGAUGAUCCUGAAGCAGGUCCACGACACCAACUGGAGGGCCAAAGGAAAACCAGAAAAAGUCUUCACUGUGACUCACAUCAAGGCUCCUAAGACAGCAGAGGAUGAGUUUAUCGAGAUUCAGAGUGCGACAGGAACAGCUGUACAACGAUGGGCUGUCCGCUCGCUAACACUCUGUAAACUGGUGCUGAGGAACGUAGCGUCGCUCGUGUCUGCAGAGCUGAGGUUUGCCACACUCUUCAUGGCCAUCAUCUGGUUCUGCAUGGCGUUUAGUUACUAUGGUCUGUCUGUUUGGUUCCCUGACAUGAUCAAACACCUUCAGCACGAGGAGUACGAGUCCAAGGUCAAGGUCUUCCACAGGGAACGAGUGGAGAACUUCCAUUUUAACUUUUCUUUAGAGAACCAGAUCCAUAAAGAAGGGGAAUACAUCAAUGACAAGUUCAUCAGUAUAGAGAUGAAGUCAGUGAAGUUUGAGAACUCACUGUUUGAAGACUGUCGCUUCGAAGACAUCACGUCCACAGACAUUGUGUUUGAGAACUGCACCAUCCGCUCCACUGUCUUCUAUAACACAGAUCUCUGGAAGGAGAAGUUAAUCGACUGUAGGCUGGAAAAUGUCACCUUUGAGCACAACAAAAUCGGCUGCCAUCUGGACACUGUCGAGGAGAACGACGUUCUCAUCUACCUGGUCAGCUUCCUGGGCAGUCUGGCUGUGUUGCCAGGCAACAUUAUCUCGGCCCUCUUCAUGGAGAAGAUCGGCAGGGUCAAGAUCAUAGGUGGCUCCAUGCUUAUUUCAGCUGGCUGCACCUUCUUCCUGUUUCUGAGCCUCAGCCAAUCAGCGAUCAUCGCUUUGCAGUGUUUGUUCUGUGGCGUCAGCGUAGCUGCGUGGAACGGCAUCGAGGUGGUGACUGUGGAGCUGUACCCGACUUCUAAAAGGGCCACAGCUUUCGGCGUGCUGAACGCUCUGUGUAAGCUGGCGGCGGUGCUCGGCAGCUCCGUCUUCUCCAGCUUUGUGGGCAUCACCAAAGCCAUCCCCGUCCUGCUGUCCUUCGCUGCGUUAGUGUGCGGCGGGCUGGUGGCCCUCAAACUGCCCGACACGCGAGAGAAAAUCCUCCAGUGAGGUGACGUGAGAUCCACAAAGAGAGGGAGCGGCCAAAACAUUCAAUAAGUGCUUAAUGUUGGAAGCUUUUUGAAUUGAUUUGGACUUCACUCUGCGUUUGAAAGAAAGCGAGAAUGGAAAUCAGCUUAAAUGUAAAAUGCCAAGCUCUUUUUUUUCAUGUGAAAUAUUUUGAUUUUGUACAGGUUUUAAGAGGCUUGAGUGAUCUUUCAGCAGCAUGUAGAGGGAUUCAGGUGUUCAGUCGGAAACUCAUGUUCAUUUCUGUUCGAGAAAGUGUGACCCUUUAAUGAUGCAAUGAAUCUUUUAAGACACACUGGAUUUACUAACCUCAUAAUGAUGAUGUAAGUGAAGAAUAAUGUUAUUUAAGGCUAAAAUCAGAUGGUCUAACUGGAUGUUAUGUCCUCUGCAUCCUGGUUUCAUGCACGAUCACGACUGAUGGCCAAAGGUUUUCUGUGGCACUUUUUUUUAUUCUUUUCAACGAUGUUAACAAAUAAUCCUUUCACCUGUUUGUUAAAGAGGCUUGUUGAAGUUUGAGAAGUUAAAGUUUCCUCUCCACUUUGUGCAGCAGUUAUGCUUGAAAACAUCGUUCUUGCAGUGUUGUCAUUUACAGAUGUGGCCAAUCAGUGACUUCAUUCAACUUGUCAGUCGUCAAUAACUGUCUCGUACUGUUACCGACGUCUUUUAGUUCUGGCUCGAUCUCGAUCUCUUCUUAUCCCUUUGAAACUUGGGCAAAUUGACUUUAUUUCCUUCAAGAGCUUAGAAGAAGGCAAUGAGCAACUUUACAAGAAAUG